UCCGCCGGACGCGCUCGGGGCCCGCGGCUGGGUGGCGGGCACUUCCCGCCGGCUCUGCGCGUCCGCCCGGGGGCUCGCUCGGCAGCGCAGGCGGCGGCGGCGGCGGCGGAGCGCUCGGCGCGGCGGGCGGACGGGCCGGGCCCGAGCUGCGCGGGGCUGCGCGCGCCGCCCCUGCUCCCGCCGCCCGGGCCCGCGGCCGGCCCUCCCGCGCCCUGCGGCCGCCCCUGCGGCGGCUCCGGGGGCCCCGGCGGCCCGCGCCCCGGCGCUCCCCGUUGUCCGCGGACCGGGCGGGCGGCGAGGGCGGCCCAGGCGGCGUCCAGGCGGCCGGAGGAGGGAGCCCGCGCGGCGGCUGAGCGGCCCUGCCCGGCGCCCGGCCGCGGCGAUGCCGGACCAGAUCUCCGUGUCGGAAUUCGUGGCCGAGACCCAUGAGGACUACAAGGCGCCCACGGCCUCGAGCUUCACCACGCGCACGGCGCAGUGCCGCCACACCGUGGCCGCCAUCGAGGAGGCUCUGGACGUGGACCGGAUGGUGCUGUACAAGAUGAAGAAGUCCGUGAAGGCCAUCAACAUCUCCGGGCUGGCGCACGUGGAGAACGAGGAGCAGUACACGCAGGCGCUGGAGAAGUUCGGUGGCAACUGCGUGUGCAGAGACGACCCGGACCUGGGAAGCGCCUUCCUCAAGUUCUCGGUGUUCACGAAGGAGCUGACGGCCCUUUUCAAAAACCUGAUCCAGAACAUGAACAACAUCAUCUCCUUCCCUCUGGACAGCCUGCUGAAGGGGGACCUGAAGGGCGUGAAGGGGGAUCUGAAAAAGCCUUUCGACAAAGCCUGGAAGGACUACGAAACCAAAAUAACCAAGAUCGAGAAGGAGAAGAAGGAGCACGCCAAGCUGCACGGGAUGAUCCGCACGGAGAUCAGCGGGGCCGAGAUCGCCGAGGAGAUGGAGAAGGAGCGACGCUUCUUCCAGCUGCAGAUGUGCGAGUACCUGCUGAAGGUCAACGAAAUCAAGAUCAAGAAGGGAGUGGAUUUGCUUCAGAACCUGAUCAAGUAUUUUCAUGCCCAAUGCAAUUUUUUCCAGGACGGACUGAAGGCCGUGGAAAACCUCAAGCCCUCCAUCGAGACGCUUUCCACCGACCUCCACACGAUCAAACAGGCCCAGGACGAAGAGCGGAGGCAGCUGGCCCAGCUCCGGGAUAUUCUGAAGUCGGCGCUGCAGGUGGAGCAGAAGGAGGACUCGCAGCUGCGCCAGAGCACGGCCUACAGCCUGCACCAGCCGCAGGGCAACAAGGAGCACGGCACGGAGCGCAGCGGCAGCCUCUACAAGAAGAGCGACGGGAUCCGGAAGGUGUGGCAGAAAAGGAAGUGCUCCGUGAAGAACGGGUUUCUGACCAUAUCGCACGGAACGGCGAACCGGCCGCCCGCCAAGCUCAACCUGCUCACCUGCCAGGUGAAGACCAACCCCGAGGAGAAGAAGUGCUUCGACCUCAUCUCCCAUGACCGCACGUACCACUUCCAGGCCGAGGACGAGCAGGAGUGCCAGAUCUGGAUGUCUGUGCUGCAGAACAGCAAGGAGGAGGCCCUCAACAACGCCUUCCAGGGCGACGACCCCCCCGGGGAGAACAACAUCGUGCAGGAGCUGACGAAGGAGAUCAUCGCCGAGGUGCAGAGGAUGCCGGGCAACGACGUGUGCUGCGACUGCGGGGCGCCAGACCCCACGUGGCUCUCCACCAACCUGGGCAUCCUGACCUGCAUCGAGUGCUCGGGCAUCCACCGGGAGCUGGGCGUGCACUACUCCCGCAUGCAGUCCCUCACCCUGGACGUCCUGGGCACGUCUGAGCUGCUGCUGGCCAAGAACGUCGGGAACGCGGGCUUCAACGAGAUCAUGGAGAGCUGCCUGCCCGCCGGGGACCCCGUCAAACCCAGCCCGGGCAGCGACAUGAACGCCAGGAAGGACUACAUCACGGCCAAGUACAUCGAGAGGAAGUUCGCGCGGAAGAGACACGCGGACGGCGCGGCCAAGCUGCACAGCCUGUGCGAGGCCGUCAAGACGAGGGACAUCUUCGGGUUACUCCAAGCCUACGCCGACGGCGUGGACCUCACGGAAAAGGUCCCGCUGGCCAACGGGCAUGAGCCGGACGAAACCGCCCUGCACCUGGCCGUCAGGUCCGUGGACCGGACCUCGCUGCACAUCGUGGACUUCCUGGUUCAGAACAGCGGGAACCUGGACAGACAGACGGGGAAGGGCAGCACGGCCCUGCACUACUGCUGCCUCACCGACAACGCCGAGUGCCUGAAGCUGCUGCUGCGCGGCAAGGCCUCCAUCGAGAUCGCUAACGAGUCCGGGGAGACGCCGCUGGACAUCGCCAAGCGCCUCAGGCACGAGCACUGCGAGGAGCUGCUGACCCAAGCCUUGUCUGGAAGGUUCAACUCGCACGUGCACGUGGAGUAUGAGUGGCGGCUGCUCCCCGAGGACCUGGACGAGAGCGAUGACGACGUGGACGAGAAAUUGCAGCCCAGCCCCAGUCGGCGGGAAGACCGGCCGGUCAGCUUCUACCAGCUGGGUUCCGGCACCGCGUCUUCGGCCCGAGACGCCGCCGGCCUGGCCAAGGACAAGCCGCGGGGCUUCGCGCCCAGCAUCCUGCAGAACGAGACGUACGGAGCCGUCCUGAGCGGCAGCCCAGCCCCCGGCCAGCCUGCGGCCCCCGGCGCCGCCGGCGCCCCCCCGCUGCCCCCGCGGAACGUGGCCAAAGCCCAGGCCUCCACCAACGCCCCGUGGAAGACGAACUCCGUGAGCGUGGACGGUGUCGGCCGGCAGCGGUCCUCGUCAGAUCCGCCCGCCGUCCACCCGCCGCUGCCCCCGCUCCGCGUGACGUCCACCAACCCCCUGGCUCCUACGCCGCCUGCUCCCGCAGCCAAGAUGCCCGGAGCCCUGGAAGCGUUGAGCCAGCAGAGCAAGCUGACCCAGCCGGGGGGCCCGCCGGGCAAGACCACGGCCCCGGCCCUGCCGCAGCCGCCCAGCCGCCUCCCGCAGAGGAGGCCUGCUCCGGGGACUGACAAGUCUGCCCCCCUGAUCACCAAAGGCCAGCCGCGGGGCCCUGCGGUGGACCUCUCCGGAACAGAAGCUCUGGGUCCUCUGUCCAGCACGCCGGCCCUGCAGCCCCCCGCGCCCAUGCCCAGGAAGUCCCAGGCGGCCAAGCUGAAGCCCAAGCGGGUGAAAGCCCUCUACAACUGCGUGGCCGACAACCCCGACGAGCUGACCUUCUCCGAGGGGGACGUGAUCAUCGUGGACGGGGAGGAGGACCAAGAGUGGUGGAUCGGCCACCUCGAUGGAGACCCCAGCCGCAAAGGAGCGUUCCCCGUGUCUUUCGUGCACUUUAUUGCGGACUGACUCGCUGCUGCACACCCCUCAGCAGUGACGUCCCGUCUCGUCAUGGGUACCCACACUCUUGCCAGAUACCAGUUCAUGAACUGUAGGCCCGCUUGCUCGAAUGCCACUCACUGUUCCGUUUUUAAAACUCAAAGGCAAUUUCUGUCUACAAAUGGAUCGUUUUUAUAACUUGUGAUUUCCAUGAAACAUGGCUCUACUUUUAUUAGGAAAAACUGAAUUGCCUAAAAGGUGAGCUAAAAAGCUAUUUUAACUACACGGUCAAGAUCCCGAAUCAACAGAAUGAGCGGAACCCGGGUUGAGGACCGGAAAUUCUUCCUGCUCUCCUUGGCCCGAUUCCGACGUCGAUGAGCGCCAGCUAAUUAUUGUUUAGGAGGCUACACGCUGUCAGUUCCCCUUUAGAGACUCUUUAAAAAAUGCCUCUUUAAGAUUGCCUUUGAAAGCCACCCAGUGUUUAGUUAAAGCAACUUGGAAACUGACACACUAGCAUUGUACUCCCAACCCGGUGUGUGAGGGCGCGGCUCUCCUUGUGUUCUGCAUGUGCGUGUGGCCUGUUGUGAACAAUCCAGCCUGCCUGACGGAACUGCCAGUAGCCUAUCAUGGCGCACGAGAGGAACCGUUCCUUCGGUUGCAGGGUGGGCGAAACUGCAGUUGGAAACUAACGAUGAUGGAUUGCCAAGUUCUUUCCACUCGUUUGGAUGCUUUCGGUGUUUCGGAAACUGCCUUCCUGAGCUCCCUCCAUCGCACAGGUAGCCCGCAGGGCGGGCCCCGUGGUUGCCCCCACUCGCUGUUUCCUACGGAGUGCGCCCACCUUCCCUUCCCACCCGAGAAUGCGCCCUCAGUCUAGUGUCCGGUCUUUGUAGCACAUGCCAAUAGGGUUGAUGGUUCCACUGUCUUGCAUUUAAUCUGUCCCUUCGUCCGUAGCCAAGAGCAUAUCAGAAACCCGUAGGCCCGGGAAUGAAACCCGCCCGGACAGCCCAGUUUCACUCUAAGCACCGUAUCAUUCUUCCACUUAAGCUGCUGGGGCUGGGGGUUAGGUUGUACAUGAGAAAACCAGAAUUCAUUCGUUGGAUGAACUUGACUGUCAUGCCUCUACCUAGUCAUUGAGCGUGCUCAUGGGGGAUGUGGGAAGUGUUGGCUCUCGGAGGAGAAACGGGCGUGAACGCCCACCCGGCUUUUUGCCAGCAGCCAAGGCCUGAGCUUCGGCAGGCCCGGAGAGCGAGCGACGGCGCCUCGGAGCGCAGCAGCCCGUGUCGUGGUCCCUCUUGUGAGGGUAGGACGUUUGCUU